AUGGGCCAAAUGGCGGUGGAGUAUGGCGCUGAGACCCUUCUAUUGUCGGUCAAGAUGCGCAUUUGCGAAAUUGAACAAGAUUCUGGAUUAAAGGGUGUUAUAGUCGAGGCCAAAGCUCAACUGGUUGGAAUUCAUGAGAGAGUAAGGAGUGAUGUUGACGGCAACCUCUCCCGAACAUCAGCUGUUCAACCUAAUGGUUCUUUGAGCACAACAGAAGGAGGCAAGCGCGUGGCAACUGCUGCCAAUCCAAAUGCAGAAGAUGCAGCAGAGCUUCUGAGGAUGUGCCUACAGUGCGGAAUCCCCAAAACAUACUCUAAUGCACGGGGAAUAGUAUGCCCUGUAUGUGGUGAUCGCCCUCCUGCAGACACAGACAAAGAGUCGCUGAAGAAGAAGGGAUCCACCAUUAAGGAUAAGGAGAAGAGUAAAAGAAUGAAGGGUCAGUCAUCUCAUGCUUCGUGGAAAAGUGAGACAGAGAUGCAGCUUCGACAGCAGUUUGAUUAG